UGUCCGCAAUUGAAUCUUCUCUAUAUUAUACGUUCUCUGAACAUUGUUUGACAGCUACUCAUUGUUCUCUGUUCAGUUAAUUUCAUGUGACAAACCGGUAUUGYGUUCCCUGUGAAAUUGUGAAAAAAAUUAAAACAAAAAUUAUUUAUUCGUUUUCUAACAUUUCAAAUGGGAAACACACAUCAAACACGUGUACUGUGAAAAUUUUUAUUCAAUUUCAACAGCAGGCAUUUGGUGGUAAGUUGAACUGUGUAAAUUAUGUGGAUCGUGCAUUUUAGGUUAAAUUCACCACUCUGUCCAUAGUCCAAGAUGCYUAGAGGACGACGUACGAACACCGGCCGCCGCGAAAGAAGAACGCCGCUCAAAAGAAAAACGGUUGAACUGUGGUGCGCAAGYGGAAAAGACAAACUGGAUCCAUUACUUACACCACCACAGCCACUGAAACCAUUGUUCGAUGGAAGUGAUCCGAUUCCAGCCAUUUUCUUCAACACAUCCUUGAAUACAAUAACUGCUUUCGCAUGACUUCCUUUGGAGCUAAUAUCAUUCGAAAAGGCUACUUCGUGUCGACUUGCAAGGUAAAAGAUACAAUACACAUAACCAAUCACUCACACCAACACAAUGAAUUGCAACACAUAACAACUACAUAUGCACCACACAUUACACCAUCACACGAUCAGAAGUUACACCGUAUUCUUCAACAAAUGAUAGUUUGCAAUUACAGAUAUAAGGACACAUAUAUCAUUUCCAUGGUUCCAUGGUGCCAACACCGGAUGAACCGCAUCAAUUUUUACAAAUAUACUUCAUUUCGUCGAUGGUGGAUCAGCUGAAUGUGCGAUGUGAUAUACAGGGAACACAACAGUUAAAGAGACGAAUUAUUGAACAGUUGCAARCAUUUUGUCAUGCUAAUAAUGCUGUCGUUAAUAUGUUCAAAACAACAUUGGAACGAAUGCCAUCGGUUACGCGCAAAUUUGUCAUAAGAGCGGAUUGUACUCCAACAAGUGAACAUGUGCGAAGAUUCAAUGCACCCACCGUUAAUGAUGUUGCUGCAAUUAUUGUUGGCGAUCCAACUAAAUCGSGAGACAUUGUCGUUCAGCGAAGAAGCAAUAUCAUGCAUCGUGUAAACGAGACACAUCGUUUGUUUUAUCCAAUUAUUUAUUAGCAAGAGCAAGACGGAUACGACAUCACGUUGAAGAUGGUCGAUCCAAUUACAGGCGUAUCAACGAAUAAAAAUUUAAGUGCAAUGAAUUACUAUGCGUAUCGUUUGAUGAUUCUUGCAAAUGAGUGGAAUGUCAUUCUGAAGUGCCGUCGGCUAUUCCAGCAAUUCGCUGUCGACAUGUAUGUCAAAGUCGAGACCGAACGCUUAGCGUUCAUCCGAUUCAAUCAGGCAAAUCUACGAUCUGAGGACUAUAUACACUUGCGUGAUGCUAUUCAUUCAGAUGGUGAUGUUCAGAGUAUUGGACGUCUGACGAUUCGCCCAUUAUCUUAUAUUAUUGAACGUGAGUUGGAACUGAGCAAAAAACCGAAAGAUCGCCAUGACAUAAUCGCCUGAGUAUUUCAGCAUAAACUCAAGGCUAUGAUGGAUGUGUUUACUAA